AUGCUAAGAGAGGGCAAGCACUUCUCAUGGAACGAUCAGGAUUUGAAUGAGAGGUUCUCCAGGCAGCUUGGAGACUCUGGGGUGGCUUGUAAGAACCUAAUCAGUCUCAUGCGAGGAAAAUUAGGAGAGAUCGAGGAAAAGACUGAAAGCUUUGGGUUGGUCUUACAACAGUCAUUUCCUCUCAGUUCAAUAGGAGACAAAGCUUGGAGGUCACGAAUUGGAAAGAGGUUGAAGUUCAGUUUUUCCGAGUCUCGACUAGAGAAGACACUUGAAGACCUCAGAAAUCUCAACCAAGAUUUCCGUACUCUUGCUGCGCAGACAAACAAGCUAGAUGACGUUGAGCACCUACCGAUACCCUCGUCCGUUUCUCCUCCGCGAACGGAUGAAGCAGUGAAAGAUUGUAGACUGGUGCGAACUGCAUCAGCGCAAUUGCACCAAGCAUCGGAGCGAGCGUGCAAGAUCCACGAGAAACAUACCGCACAUUUCCGACUAGAGUCGCAACAUGUUACUAUUGAGCAGCCAGGCCUCCCUAUAGUCAGAUUCAACAUGGCAUUUGCACAUUGUUCUUCAGGGGCUCCAACAACCCUAGAACCUGUCUGGAUUGAAGCCGACUCCACUUUCAAUGAGGCUCUGUCGGCAUCGCCACAAAAGACAAGAACCAAAUCUCAGCAACGGGCGCAAGACCGGUUAGUUGAGCUUUCCGGGGCAUUAAAACGAGAGAACUCUACAUCAUGCCCUUCGCCUGUCAAACGGUUCAAGGCGAGGACUGUGUGA